UGCCUGUUGCUUGGAAGGGGAGCGUGGCGGAUUCUGAAGACGCCCCUUCCACCCAUUCGCCUUGUUUCUUCGCCCCUUGGGCUGCAGGUCUCCGGAGGACCGAGGAAGCCGGUGGCUGGAGGCGAGCGGCGACCUCAGGAAAAUCCUCCUGAUUACAUAGGACUUCGUUUCUGCUGAUCAGGUCCGCCAAGAAAGAUGACAUCAGAACAGCAGCAGCAGCAGCAGCAGCAGGAAAGAGAAAAGGGGGUGUGCGAAGAGAUGAUUCUGCUCUGCUACACCAAAAUCUGCAGGACCCUGGGCUCGAGCCUUCUCAGUGAUGACCCUCCUCAUUUGGAACAGCUUACCCCUGCAUAUCUGGACCACCCCCUCCUACCUGUAAAAACAUGGCUCUUCAGAAAGGCAUUUGGAGAUGAAUAGCACUCCCUAAGUCAUAUUCUCCAAGACUUCCUAAGAAACAGAGAAAGUACCAGAAGGAACAGAUGACAGAGUGGAUACACAGUUACCCAUGUGCCCCAAUAUGCCUUUUCUGGACUGGUUCCUCUACCACUCAGUUGCCAUGUGGUUGCUCCUCCAGAGUUUUGUUCUGAUGGCCUUUUGUUUUCACUCAGCCACCACUUUUCCCAAGGGGUGCUACCCCUCCACUGAAGAUGGCUUCAAAACUUUCCGCUGCAGUAAAGCUCAACUUACAGUUAUCCCAAAAGAUAUACCCAACGACACCAACAAGUUAUAUUUGGAUUAUAACCAGAUUUCUUUCCUGCCCAAUGACGCCUUUCAACAUUUGCCACUUCUAGUAGAACUAGACUUGUCCCACAAUGUCAUAAGUCGCAUGGAAGUUGGAGUCUUUAGGGGCUUGUCAGAGAACCUGCAUUCACUGGACCUGUCUUCUAACAAGUUAGUAUCAGUCAAUAAAGAUGUCUUCAGUGCACUGAAAGCCAAAGCCAACUUAUCCAACAAUCCUUGGCUCUGUGACUGCACACUCCAGCAGCUCAUGGAGAGAGUAGAGCUGGUUGCUGGUACCUCUGAUGGGAUUGUGUGUGAUACCUCUGCACGGAAGGAGCACGUUGGCAAGCCUUUUCUACAGUUGAUUGGAGACAUAGAUUUCUGCAACAUCUAUAAAAAGACCACAGAUAUCGCCAUGCUGGUCACCAUGUUCGGCUGGUUCGCCAUGGUGAUCUCAUAUUUAAUCUACUAUGUCCGGCAGAAUCAAGAGGAUGCCCGACGACACUUAGAAUAUCUCAAGUCCUUGCCCAGCAAGCAGAAGAAGUCAGAAGAGUCAUCUACAAUUAGCACCGUAGUGUGACCAAAAUUAAAAACCAAAACCUUCUCACCCUCACACAUCCCCAGUAAACUAUUGUCCAUUGAAGUAGAUAGGUUUUACAUCUACUUCAGGUGGACCAUAUCUGCUAGAUGCUUGAAUGCACAAUGGCUGAAGAGACUGUUAUUAAACAAAGAAUGAAAUUUUUAAAAGACUUAAGGAGGUAAGGCCUUGCUUAUAUAAAAGGCCUCUCUUACUUUCAUUCCUGAGCAAUGAAAAACACAGAUCAUCAUAAAAGCCUAGCCAUGGUUGAAUUCAUUGGCACAAUUCAAUGUAUGGAAUAGUGCCAUGUUAUGUAUCAGUUAUUUCUCAGUCCUGCGAUGGAGGCACCAUCACACCCAGACUUUGCAAAACCUCCUGGCUCUCAACUUGUACUAUUCCACGCCAGGAAAUCCUGGAGGAAGUUCCCAUCAUAUAAUGUUCCAGGGGUGCCAAGAAUUGGGAGUGAGAUGAUUCUGUUGCUUUCUCUUGUUCUCAUAAGGGUUUUACUGUAGCUCCAACUAGCUGGAGUCAAGAGCAAGCUUCCCCAACCUGGCAUCCACUAAUUGUGUUGGACUUUUAGGAAUUCUCCUACACAAUGGUGGGGUUCUAGGUUUUUGGAAGGCAGAAGAAGAAUAAUUACUAAGUGCUAGAAGACAUGCGAGCCUGUUAUUCAUGUGCAAAUUACCCCAUCAUCUAAAUGCUGAACCUUUUCUUUGAACACACGUUAAUAACCACUGCUGGUUCCUCUCUCCAAUGCUUCAUAUCAGAUUUUUAAAAAUAAAUCUUUUUCUUAUUUGCAGGAAUCCAUUAGUACACUAAGUACAGAAUGGGAGGGACAGAAAGAAGGGUCAAUGCUCUGACGUUUUAAGCCGUUUUCUGAAUUUUUGCUGCUCUGUUAAGAUUCUUUAUGGGGCUUGCUGAGAGAUGGAAAAUUUCAAUUGAAAUGAUGUCGCAAAAAUUCAGGAAAGGGCACAAAAGUCCCCAUACUGACUCUCAAGGAAUACAAAGAAAACCUUCAUAACCACCUUGAUUCAGAGAACAGCAGGAACAGCAGAGCUACACACAAGGUACCUGCCUCUGUAGCCAGAUCAGGCUGGUUCUGAAGGUGUGUACACAACUACUUUGUGUGUGGGGGAGAGAUCCUGAGAGGUAGCAGGUGAUUUCACAUGCACUGACCAGCACAUGGCUUGGUGAACUCUCGUCCCAGGUAAGCAGCCUUGUUUGCAGCUCUGUGUUCUAAGAAAAUGGUUUCAGCUGUGCCAUCACUUUACUGGAUCAGCGUGAUUGUGUUUUUUACUCAUUUUCUUUCUGGUUACAAAUGGCUACAUCAUGACACUAGUAAUAUAGGACUUCAAAAAACCUCACAGUUGAGAGCUUUGAUCAUUCUGAUGAAAUAACUUAGAAAAAUAACAAUGAUUACACAUGAAUCAUCAACCAAUAGCCAACAUUAUUUAUUCUGGGCACCUAUAAGCAAAAUACGUCACAUGACCAAGAAAUGUAUAGCAUAUAACAUUUUUUUUUCCUUCUCCCAAAGGGAACACUGCAC